AUGUCAUUACCAUCCCGAAUCAACCCAUUCUUGAAAAACUUUCCUCAAUUCACACUUAUCGACGCUCCAGGGUCCAUAAAGCUAUACUGUACCAUCCCUUCAGCGAGAAGGGAAGUAUACGAAGUCAUUGCCAAGUACGCCGAGAACCCUCGUAUAUAUGGAUUUGCGGCUUACGACUAUCGAGGCCACACGUACGCCAUUUUCGGACAAGAUGACCCUUUCCGCCAUGAAGAAGUCCAACACCUCUUACGGCAGCUUCAGGUAGCUGCAGAUUCUCGUCAUCACGUCCUAUAUGCUUUCUACGAAUGUUGA